GAGCACUUCUGAGAAGCGUGUCGGUUCGCCAGUUUUGUCCUCUCACGUGAUGUCCAGGCAUGAGUCCACGGAUCACGGAGGAGACGACGAGCUCGUCCGCCCUUCACCUUCCAAGAAGGAAGGCGGCCGGAGCUUCAGCUCCUCGAGUUUGGGCUUCCUGAACCACUGCCCAGCCAACGUGGGCUGCGCCCUGCAGGCGACUGCCAGGCUGCUACUGCCCAAGUUGUCCACAGAUGAGCCUAAGCUGAAGGCGCUAUGUAGACAAAGUGGUUUGUUACCCUCUCGCCGCCGCGAGUUAAGCGAAGAGGGUGAACGGAUGCCUGUUUGGGAGGUUGCUGUUGCUCGAACAGCGAAUGCAUCCGCAGAGACGAUUGCGGGCACACUUGCUGCUGGCUGUCGAAAGCUGGUGGCGGCCGAGAUGGGCGAGGCCGACCCAGAAGUGUCGACAAGCGCCGUCGCUGCCAGUCCUGCAGAGUUUCCGAGGGAAGUGUGUCCCGCAGAGAUGCCGGACAUCAGCGACAGGCACAGCCUCGCUGCUGAAAUCCUUAGACGAGAUCCGUCCAUCUACUACACACUCAAGGACAGAUGUACACCCCUGGGUGUCAACUUUGCGACCUGCAUAAAGACUUGUUUCGACAACAUUGGUCACCGAAUGAUUAAAACGGUUGGUGCCGUGGCAGGAGAUGAGCACUCAUACGACACAUUCCGUUUGCUCUUUGAAGACAUCAUCAGGAUGCGACAUCCGAACUGGUCGGGCUUCCGGCACAGGACGGACAUGGAUGCGUGGAAGAUUUGGGAUAUGCCUGAAGCAGGUGAUCGAGCAGUUUUUGCUCGAAUCCGGGUGAGCCGAAACUUGCAUGGGUCACGGAUGCUGCCAGCUUGCAGUGUGGAUGAGCGUCGGGCUGUGGAGAGCGUACUUGCCCGCAGUUUGUCCUCUUUGACCGGCACGUUGCAGGGUGAAUAUUUUCCACUGAGUGGAUCACACAGCUACAUGCCCAAGCCUGGUGGAAUGAGCGAGGAAGAGGAGUUGGACUUGCAUGCAGAGGGUUUACUCUUCGAGGAGCCAGACUCCUCUGUGUUGGUCUCUUCCGGAUAUGCCAGAGAUUGGCCUGAUGCUCGUGGAGUUUUUGUUGACGAGCAACGCAGUUUUGCAGCCUUCGUCAACGAGCUGGAUCAUCUCCGGGUCACCGGCACCGACCAGUCGAGCCGACCCAGCUUGAGAGCUGUGUGUGAGCGGGUGUUCUCCGUCCUGGCCGCACUAGAGGCGGAGCUGGAUGCGCAGGGCCUGGCCUUCGCUCGGGACGACCGUCUCGGCUUUCUGGGGCCGGAUCCAUCGCUCUUGGGGACCUGCUUGACUGCCAGUGUCGCUAUUCGCAUUCCACUUCUUAGCAAACAGCCAGAGUUCCGCAAUCUCUGCCAGCAGUUGAAGCUGCAAGCCAGUCUCUGUGCCAACACAGAGAUGGGGUUGCACCAGGGGGUCUGGGAGGUCCAAAACUCAUUGCGACUGGGAUGUUCGGAAGUGGAGCAGGUCAAUGCUGUGAUCGAGGCCUGCCGCGCGCUUCUGGAGCUUGAGGCCAGGCUCGAACGUGGUGAACAGCUCCACCUGGCGGAUGACGCAGAGGAGGAGGUCGAUUUAGGUGCCGUUCCGACGAGUCCUGGUGAGGGCAAGGUGCCAGGCACCGGCGACAUCGAAUUUCCGGGAUUUCCAGUCGAUGCAUGCCCAAGCGAUCUUCCCGAUCUCUCGAGGCAUCACUCUUUGAUGGCGGAAGUUCUGCAAGCAGACUCGGCCAUCUACGCCCGGCUCAAGGACCUCCGGACACCUUUGGGAGUUUCCCUAGCGAGAUGUAUCAAGCCUGGGAUGGACAACCCCGGGCACAGCUUCUUCCGUGUAAUCGGAGCUACAGCCGGCGAUGCACAUUUCCCUUCCCUUCCCCGCAACGUAUCCCGCUUCUCGCUCAGCCUUUUCACAGCAUAG